UGUGUUGCAGUGUUUUCGGGGUGGGCUUAUUUUCAGGAGCGAGGUCUUAUUUAAGCGCAUGGGCUCAAAAAGCCCGAUUGGGCUUAUUAUCUAAGGAGGUCUUAUUUUGGGGAAAACGGGGGUACCUAUUUCUCAAUCUCAACGUCUUUUUCAGAUGUUAUUUUUUUUCCCCCCCUUUAGGACACGUGAAGAUUCAGACAGCCCACGAAAAUGUAAUUCUUGCAGAGGUUUUCUUGGCACCAACCAAAUCCCAGCAUGUACAAACCAGGAGAGAAACCGAAACGGCGGCUUCGUGCUCACAGCUCCAGCAUCCGAAACAUCGAAAUUGCCCGAGGGAGAGCGGGAUACGGUUUCACUCUUUCGGGCCAAGCUCCCUGCGUGCUGAAUUCUGUUUUAAAAGGGAGCCCUGCGGAUUACGUGGGGCUGAAAGCGGGCGAUAAAAUCUUUGCCAUCAAUGAAAUUAACGUGAAAUGGGCCUCCCACGAGGACGUGGUGAAGCUGAUCGGCAAAUGCUCCGGGGUUUUGCACAUGGUCGUCGCCGAAGGCUUCGGCCAUGUGGAAGCGGGUUCCAGCGAGGAAGAAGAUGGCCCUCGCGAUGGGAAAGGGUGGCCGAAGACCAAGGUUGACCUGAAAGGCCCCGGGAUCAACCGGGCGGUGAAAGUGGUCGAGGAAAUGCAAUCCGGCGAAAUUUUCAACAUGAUCUUCGAAAACUCCAAUGUUUCCACCGGUGAUACACAGGCGCCAAAGCGAAAGGAAAAGUCCAUGCACGAGGGGUCCAAGUUGGAAACGGAACCUCCCGCUGGGAGCGAUAAAUCCCUCGACGAGGAGCGGGCACCGACCUUGAACCACGACUCGGUGUUCCGAGUUGACCCGGAUUGCUGCGGAAUCGAUGCGAGCAUUUUAAACGUAGCCAUGGUGGUGGGCUACCUGGGAUCCAUCGAGCUUCCUUCUUCCAGCUCCAAUCUGGAGUACGACAGCUUGCAGGCCAUCCGCGGCUCCAUCCGCCGCCUUCGGGCCGAGCAAAGGAUCCAUUCGUUGGUGGCGAUGCAGAUCAUGCACGACGCCAUUCAGCUGCGCACAAACCCGUCCGCCGUGAUCGCGACCUACCCGGCCGAGAAGCUGGCCUUCAGCGCACUCUGCCCCGACGACAAACGGUUCUUCGGGCUGGUCACCAUGCAGAGCGUUGAGGAGGCGAGCUUGGCUACGGAGGACGAUGCGGUCUUAAGGACAUCCUGCCACGUCUUUAUGGUGGAUCCGGAGCUCUUCAGUCAUAAAAUCCAUCAGGGCAUCGCCCGGCGGUUCGGGUUGGAAUGCACGGCCGAUCCGGAUACCGACGGCUGCCUCGAAUUCCCCUUGUCGUCUCUCCCGGUCCUGCAGUUCGUCUCCGUCCUGUACAGGGACAUGGGGGAUUUCAUCGAGGGGGUGAGGGCCAGGGCCUUCCUGGACGGAGACGCGGACGCCCACCGGAACAACAGCAUGAGCAGCAACAGCGACAGCGGGAUCGGGAAUGUCAACCAGGAGGAAAAAAGUCGGGUUUUAGUGGUCGAUUUAGGAAGCAACUCCAACAAACACCCGCUUAGCAAUCUACAGGGCAGCCCAGUAAACAGAGUUCCAAAUUCCCACUGGAGUUUUGGUCACGAACAAGAAAGCGCGGGAUUGGGACCCGCGUUCCAGACCGACAAAUCUCAAAGCCUAAGUAAAUUUCUGGCGUCUUCGGCUCAUGUUGACGUUCCGGGGGCUUCGUCCAAGGCCUCAGGGCCCCCGGGCCAGAAGAGCCCCGGGGACCAUCAGAGGUGGUUGCCCCCGCACGUCCUGAAAGACUGGCAGCACGGAUGCCUGAGCGACCAAGAGUCGUACACGGAUUCUACCGACGGCUGGUCGAGCGUCAACUGCGGGACGCUUCCGCCUCCCAUGAGUAAAAUCCCGGCGGACAGGUACAAGGUCAGCGGCAGCUUCGGCCAGCUUCAUCCUCUGUCCCCAAAGAAAGACGUGGCGGAGACGGAAUUUCAGAGGGAGGAUCGCUUGGAUUCCCAACACGGAUUCCGACCCCCUAAAGAAGAUAAGAAG